AUGCCGGCCCAGUUCGAAACGAGCGAGAAUCCUUGCGAUGAUAACGAGACGCCGGAGUAUCAGAACACUUAUCGCAUGGAGCCGCGAAAUCCUUUCAAGAUCGAUCAAGUGGACAAGAUUGUAAAAUCGGUGAUGAAUAAUCGUUUGGACGAGUUCGCGUACGAAGACGCGGAGGCCGCGAAAUUGUGCGGCGAUAUCGCGUCGGAAAUACGGCGGCGCGUGAAGAAACUCAACUUCGACAGGCACAAGAUUGUCACGAUCGUGACGAUUGCAGAGAAAACCAGUCAGUUCGCGGAGACAACUCUGGGAUUCUUGUGGGAUAACGAAAAAGACAACUAUUCCACUUUCUUCUUCGAAGGCCGUACUUUUCACGCUUAUUGCUGCGUGACAGGUGUUUUGUACGAAUAG